AUGGACCAGGGGGUGGAAAAACUGCUGAACCAAAUCAACGACCUGGAGUCUAAGAACCGGUUGAUUUGCAUGCAAAUCGAGGAGAUGAAAACCACUGAAAAGGAGUUGCAAAAAAGUGAGAAGGAGCUCGUGUCAGAAAUAGAAAGCAUUUGCAAGCAACUGAAAAGUAUGGAAAAGGAGGAAAUCGAAUUGAAUAACGACAUAACCCGCGUGAACCUAAUAUGUAAAAAUGUGGAAGCAACACUGCACAACGAAUUCGUGAAGGUCGAAAUAGCAGCUCAAAAAAUUAAUCAAGUAUAUUACCAUGAAGAAAAUGAUAAAAACAUCAACACCGAGUUGGGCAAAAGUACCGACAAGGUAAAGGACUGUCUAAAUAAAAUGGACCAUUCGAAUGACGACUUAAUUGCGUUAAAGGAGGUGCAAAAAAAGAAUUUUCUUUUAAAUAAUGUUUCGAUAGAGGACCUAUACGAAAUUUAUGAGGACACCAAAGAGCAGUACCAAGAGAAUUCCUUCAAGAAUCAGUGCCACAAAAUUGCCAUUGUCGAUUAUAAAACUCAUUCGUACUUUUGUAACCCCACUCACUUGAUACACAUGACAAAUAUACUAACCGAAAAAGUAAGAGACAGUACCCCUGACCAAAAUUUUAAUUUUGCAAGCCUCGCCAGCUACUACGGAUUGAACGAAGGAACGAAGAAAGAACGGAUAGAAAAUUUCGGCUUGUCCGAGUUGAAUAAAAUAAUGAUAAAUCACUACAAGGCGAAGAAGAUUAAUGUGAACAGCUCUACGUGA